AGAGAUGACGAGAAAUUGAAAUUGAGAGGAAACGACAAAAUGGGAGCGUGUCGACCAUGCUUCCGGCAAGUCGCCGGCCACGUGCUCUCUAUACUCUCAGACCUUCCUUCCACACGCCCAUUUGAGAUCAGACUGCGCCAGCCCUAAUUUCCCACCAUUUUCUUUCUAUAUCUCUCUUUCUUCAUCUUCCAAUUUCUCCCCUUUCUGUCUCUAACCUUUCAUAUUACUCCUUCACUUCCCAGGGGUUAUGUAAUUGCAGAAUUCUGGCAUUUCAUUCGGUUUCACUUACUGUUGAAGAUCAUGGUUUCUGAGGUUCCUUCGAAACCGGUUGUUGAAACUGAUGCUCCAGUCAUGGCGUCGGUAUCUAGGAAUUCUCCUGGUAAAAAGAAUCAGGUGAAAGUUCCAAAGAAAAUUCACAAGGCUGAGAGGGAGAAGUUGAAGCGAGAGCAUUUAAACGAUCUCUUCCUUGACCUUGCAAAUGCACUUGAGCUGACAGAACCCAAUAACGGAAAGGCAUCUAUAUUGUCUGAAGCAAGUCGGCUGCUGAAAGACUUGUUUGGUCAGAUCGAGUGCCUUAGAAAGGAGCAUGCAUUGUUGUUGUCAGAAUCCCGAUACGUUGACAUCGAGAAGACUGAGCUGCGAGAAGAGACUUCUGCUUUAGCAUCUCAGAUUGAGAAACUACAAAGUGAGUUACAAUCAAGGGCUGUACAUUCUAAACCUGACUUAAAUGUCACCCCACCUUCAGAGUUUCCACAACAAGGAACGACAGUACAACAUUUCUCAGGGGAAUGCCUUGGAUUGCCUGUUAUGGAACCUACAUUGCAGCAAACGCAUGCCGUUUUUAUCGUUCCUGUUCGGCCAGAUCUCCCAUCUUAUCCAGCAACGGAUGCAACUCAUGCCCCAAUAAUGCCUACUUCACAUGUAAGCAAACCACAUGCCAGAUAUCCAACACCAGCAGAUUCAUGGCCUGCUGGACUUCUCAAAUUGUCACAAACAACAGAAGCAAGUAAAGAAGCUUUAGCUAUUGGUUGCAAGAACUUUGCAGAUAUGGGAGAAAGAGGUUAUGAUAGAAGUGAGAGCUGAUUGAUUUAGUGACCUCUUUUGUCUUUAUUUAAAACAGAUGCCCUCAGCAGAUAGAUGAUUUGUAGUAUAUAAGUUAAAAAUGGCUGAUGGCUAACCUGUGUUUUAGGAUCUGUCUAUUAGUAGGAUGUUAGAUUCGAGACUUAGAAUCGUUUGUUAUUUACGCUGUAGUAAGUUAAUGAAUCAGCAAUUGGCUUCCUACUUUUCAUCCCCUGAUUUUCAGGUCCAUUAAAUCUGGAAAUUUGUACAAACAUGCUAAGUUAUGAAAUGAAAAAAGAGAUUGGGAUGAUGUGGAGCAAAACUUCUCAGAUAUAAGUUUCACUUUGUUGGAGUUCUUGGAAUUUUCCCAGUCAAGCUCGACAACAUUUUGGGAAUCUGAGACAAAAAGAAGAAAUGGUGUGAGUUCGAGAAGGCUUCACUUUACCUGUAAUGUCGUCAUGUGCAAAUUUAUGUUUGGUGGACCCUUAACUUUCACCUCUCUCAAAGGGCCAAAAAAGGAACGGUUCUUAGCCUCUCAAGUAUUGAAAUCUUGAGAUGGUCAUGAUUUUUAUUUUUCUUUGGAGUUAAUUAUCUGUAAAGUGGUUGUCAAUUUUGGAAUCUAUUGCAGUAAUAACAUUUUUUAA